CCUAUACACUUCCCCUCUGAAUCUCUCUCCUUUCCUGCAGGUUACCGUGUACAGUAGAAUGGAGCCCACGGCGUCGGGUGUGUUUUGCAGCAGGAUGCUAAGUAUGGUGAACUCUGAAGAUGUGAACGCUAUCAUUUUGGCUCAGAAGAAUAUGCUCGAUAGAUUUGAGAAAACCAACGAGAUGCUGCUCAACUUUAAUAACCUGUCCAGUGUACGCAUGCAGCAGAUGAAUGAAAGGUUCCUGCAUCACACUAGGACACUGGUGGAAAUGAAGAAAGAUCUAGAUAGUAUCUUUCGAAGAAUCAGAACCCUGAAAGGGAAGCUGGCCAAACAGUAUCCAGAGGCUUUCAGCAAUGUUCACGAAUCUCCAAUUCUAGAAGAAGAUGAUGACUUUGACCCUAUUCCAAAAAGCACAGCAACCACAAUUGCUACCUCUGAGCAGAGCACAGAGUCUUGUGAUACAAGCCCUGACAUUAUUUCUCCAACCAUGAGUCAGGAUUUUGAGGAUUUAUCACAAGGCCGGUACGAUUCUCCUGCUGUUAAUGGACAGAGUCUAACAGAUGAUGAAACGGCCAAUGGGCUGGACUAACUCCUACUCAAAACUAAGGCAUCGGCUGAAUCAGCUGCGUGGACUCGGAAGCGUAACCAGAGAACUUCCUGUCCUGUAUUUAUAUUUCUGUGUUUCCUUGGCCAUUCAUGUUUUUGUGGAGAGAAGGAAAGUAUUUAAACCUGCCAUCGUUAUGCAAACGUCGAGCCUUGAUCUGGCAAACGUGCAACAUGCAUGGAUUGAAAUGCCUCUUGUCUGUUUUGUGUGUUCAGGGGAGAGCAGUAAUCCCAAAGGUUAGUUUUGAAUGUUUAGUUUCUGGACAAAUACAGAUCUAGGAGUAACUGCUUUUGUUUGUACUUAAAUAAUUUGUUUUACACACAAAUCUUGAGGCUCUGUAACUUACAAUGCAUGCAAACCCAAACUAUAGCCUUCUCACUGGCAUGGUACAAAUAUCUCUCAGCUGUGGCUUGCAGGAGCUUGUACUUGCAAAGCAACAGUAGCUUGCUUUUUGGGGUCUUCUCUGCCUUCUGAGAGGCCAGCCUGCACUACAGGGCCAUGUAGCUAAUUAGUAUAUACCAAUGAUUUCUCUAGCACCUACAGAACAUCUUUUCCCACUCAGUGGCCAGAACUUAAAGUCUUCUUUCCUUAAGUGCUCAGCUGUCCUGUGGCACACCUUGGAUUUUCAUGAGGGAAUCUUUUUUUAGCUGCACUUACUUUGCUGAAAGGAACAGUUUGACAACUGCUAUGGCUGUACUUUGCUCUCUGUAGUGUUCAUUACAUGUAAAUUAUCAGUUUCUUUGGGUAAAACCUUUAAUUUUUCAAACAGUGAUAAAAAAACACACUGUACCGAAAUGUCUUUGUCUGUUUUCACCCAAUUUUUCCACUGUCUGUGUUAAUAUAAUGCUGAGAGCCGGGAUAGAAAUAACUAAAUCUAUUGUAAACCUAGGAGGGAGCGGAAAGUCACCUUCUAAUCCUCAGCUGUGAUCAACAUAUUUCCAGAAAUAUAGUGAAAAGAAAAUAUUUUUGUACUGCGUGUUUACAAAGGAUAGAAAAAACUUACAGAUAGAGACUCCAUUAAUAAAAGUCCAUCCAAACCACUUAAA